CACAUCAUGAUGAUUACAGUGUGUGUGUGUGUGUGUGUGUGUGUGUGUGUGUAGCAGCAGCAGCACAGCGCUAUAGUGCAUGUGACCCUUCACCCACUUCCAGCGCAGCGAGUUCUCACGCUUCUCAGCACUAUAUAAGGCUGAAAUAACCGCGGCUACAUUAUCCACGUCUUCACGACUAGCAGCAGCUUCUCACGGAUCAGGAUGUUGUCCUAUCUUACUCGCUGGGUGUCCAGAGGUGCUUUCCAGGCACUGAAAGGGACAGGCAGUCGCCCUCAACUGGUCAAGACGCCUCGUAUUGGGAAUCAGACACUGGCAGCGGCUCCUCUGCCCUUCACUGGGGGGAGUCCAGGAGUGAGGCAGGCCCGGGCACUGGAUCAGGAGAGACUGCUGCAGAUUGAUUGGGAUGAUGGGAGUUGUAGUUUGUAUCCGUUCACCUGGCUGAGGGAUAAUUGCCAGUGUCCUCUCUGCACACUGCAGUCAGCUCAAGCACGCAAACUGCUGCUGUCAGAUCUGGACGUGCACACCGGAAUGGACCAAGUACAGCUGAUGGACAAUAAGGUGUCCAUAACUUGGCCUGAUCAACACAGUAGUGAUUUUGAUCCUGACUGGCUGAAGAAACGGUGUUUUUCCUCUGAGGCGAGACAGGCUCUGCAAGAGGAGCUCUUCCUCAAUGAGCGUGAGUAUUGGGAUUCUGGUCUGCAGAUCCCCACAGCAGACUUCGAGGAGGUUCUACAUGAUGACAAGGCUGCACUGGCCUGGCUAGAGGCUCUGCGACGCAUUGGCAUCGUCUACCUGAGGGGGGCGCCAGCGGAGCAGGGCCAGGUGGCCAGACUGAGCCAGAGAAUUGGCUAUCUCCGUCUCACCUUUUAUGGACACACGUGGCAAGUGCAGGACAAGCCCAUGGCUAACAAUGUUGCGUACACUUCUGGAGAGCUGAGCCUGCACACAGAUUACCCUGCUCUGCACCAUCCACCUGGGGUGCAGUUCCUGCAUUGCGUCCGUCAGGCUGAACAGGGUGGUGAGAGUGAAGUGGUUGAUGGGUUUCACAUGGCGGAGCAGCUCCGGAGGGAGGAUCCUGAGGCGUUUAACAUCCUCUCCUCUCUCAGGGUCGAUUUCACAGACAGCGGUUCUGACUACUGUGACUUCAGCGUGCAGUCCAAAAACCACAUUAUAGAUGUGGACUCUGAGGGUCGGGUUGUGAGGAUCAACUAUAACAACGCCACACGAGACUCGGUGCUGGAUCUGCCUCUGCAUCAGGUUCAACUUUUCUACUCGUCUCUAAAGGCAUUUGUGGAGCUGCUCAGCAGGCCUGAGAAUGUGUUCACAUACAGAAUGGAACCAGGUGACUUGGUGACCUUUGAUAACUGGCGUCUACUUCAUGGCCGAAAGAGCUACCUGUCACGAGGUCAGAUCUCAAGACAUCUAGAAGGAGCAUAUCUGGACUGGGAUGAGGUCAUGUCCCGUCUCAGGAUCCUCCGGAAGACUGUCCGUGGAGACAUCUAGACAUGUCUCUUCAUCCUUCUCACUACAGUGACCGUCAUGAUAGAAGCAAAGUUGAUUUCUGAUCUGUCCUUUGGUGUUGUCUGUCAUAUUAAGUUUAAAAACAACUCAAGAAAGCCUUAGAAAGUUUUGGAUUCUAGGGAUAAUUUCUAUUGGCCAUUUCAGUUUUGGCAAGUAGAUAUUUGUUCUUCUGUGGUUAGGGAUAGUUCAUCCAAAAAAAAAAAGAAAAUUAUCCCAUGAUUUACCCACUUUCAAACCAUCCUAGGUGUAAAAUAUCCUUGCACUUUCAAGCUUUAUAAUGAUAGUGAAGGGGGGGGCCAGAUUUUGAAGCCCAAAAAACAUUCAUCCAUCCAUUAUAAAAAAUAAUCCAUACAGCUCCAGGGGGUUAAUAAAGUCCUUUUGAAGCGAAGCGAUGCUUUUUUGUGAGAAAAAUAUCCAUAUUUAUAACUUCAUAAAUUCAAAUAACUAUACUGCACAAGUCGACUUGCACCAAAUGAGUAACCUCUGAAGCGAUGUAUGACGCAGGAUGUAGGAGUAGUGCAAGCUUUGACUCCUCUCGCUGUUCAAACAAAUAGGGCUAUGCGACAAACUCAAGCUCCUCUUCUCUUAUAUCCAAGUCUGACAUUUUUUCUUUAAAAAUUAUCAUUUUAGACUUCUAAUUCAUGACUGGUGUUUUGUUUUGCUCUAUCCUCUGUGCUUCCGCGUUCGUCUUUGUUUCAUGCGUUGGGUCAGAGGUUUUACUCUUCCACCGCAAAUCGAUGCGUACGGCCGUCUGCUGGAAGCUAGUUAUUAUAGUUAAUAAAGUUUUAAAUAUGGAUAUUUUUCUUACAAAAACCCAUCGCUUUGCUUCAGAAGGCCUUUAUUAACCCCCUGGAACUGUUUGAAUUAUUUAUAUGAUGGAUGGAUGCAUUUUUUGGCUUCAAAAUGUGCCCCUCCCUCCUCUUCACAACUAUUAUAAAGGAGCAAGGAUAUUUUUAAAUACAUGGAAAUUAUGGAACUAUCCCUUUAAUAUAUUCUUUUAUUGUGGCCUUUUAUUGAGGGGCUCUUUGAGUCUUCUGCACCUUCUUGCACUUACUGCAGUCUUUUUUUUUUUUUUUGCUUGACUUGUAAUUUCUUUGAUAAGGGACAGUUUUUCCUGUGGUGAUUUAAACUUAUUUUGAGUCUUAUUACAUCAAUUACCAAAAGUGACAGUGAAAUUUUACUAAAUAUUUAAUAUUUAGUGUGGACAAGUGCCUGAAGUAUGGUACUAGACUGAACUAAUACAAUGGGUUUAUUCUGAACCACCUAUGUUUUCAUCAUUCAUAUAGUCUAUGCUAUAGAAAAGUGACAUCUCUGAUGGCUAAGCCCGAAAUGGAACACUUUAAGGUUUAGUUUGAUUUCACAUAUGGUGUCAACAGAGCUUAAAAAAAAAAAAAAGAAGGAAUGUUUUAGCCAACCUCUGAUUGUCUUACAGGGAUUGUUCUAUCGGUCAGUACUUUUCCAUUUCCUCCAUAUAAAUAUUGUUCUAACACUACCAUCAUGGUUUAUGGUACUGUUUAAAUGCAGUAAUUUUAAUAUUGAUUUUACCAAUAUUGUUUAUAUUCUCCUCGAAUUGCACUUAAUUUUAGUGUGGAUUAACGAACCAUUCAAUUUAUAUUUGCCUGUAUUGUAAAUAGUAGUUUGGACAAUGAUGGGCCAUUGACCUUUGCAGAAAGAAAAAUGUUUUCAUGUGGCACAAAAAUAUUUAUAAAGCUGAUGUCCAAAACAAAGUAUCUAUGUUUUGAUAUAUGGAGACUGGAUAGUUCAUUAAAUUAUGGUCAGUACUUGUAUACUGAUUGUCAUGUGUCUUUGAUACUUGAAAAGCCUCAAAUAUGACAUUUUUAAAGAAAACUGGCCAAUUUGUAUAAAUGCAGUAACAAUGCAAAUGUAGCUAGUGCAGCUAUUACUUUAUAAAAAAAUGUUGGAGCUGAAGUGUUACUUGUAAUGUUUUGGCAACAGAUUUUUUUCUUUUCUCUCAAAAUGACAAUAAAAUACAUUUAUAAUAUA